UUCAAAGAUCCUUUUUAAGGCCGAGAAAGUUAGAAGAGAAGAGACAGUUCCUCGCGUGCUUUGAUCGUUGUUCGUAAAAUCUGCGAUUUUCAACCAAGCCGCGCACAGGCAUACGCCGAACAGAAUGAGGCUUAUCAUAGCAUCAAUUGUCCUAACUGCCUUCAUCGCCACAGUCCAUUGUGCCGCUUCAAUUUUUGAGACUGAGGCCUCAACUGCUACGACAGAUGAGGUUCCUCAGUCAACUGAGGCUCCUACAACUGUGACUCCCACACCUGGGAACGAUACCUCGCCCGUUGGAAGAGUAGCUUCGAAUGUCUGCAACAAUUAUCUUCUGGACCUCUUCAUAACCGCACUGCUCAAUCUAUUUCCCGAAAACUUAAACGAAUCUAUUGGAUCCGUCAUCAGCAUUAUUGUUCACAACGAUGUUCCUAACAAAGACUUCUUUCUUGAACUCAGUAUUUUGGACAUUAAACUCACACUCAUAAGCAAUAAAACUGAGCUGUCACUCUCUGUGGCCAGGGGCAAUAAGAAACUUUACGCUGGGACUAUUGGUCUCAAAAAAUUUUGCGAUCAUCUGAAAGAUUCUGUCGUCCAACAAAUUUUACAGGGUACUCAAGUGAAUGCGACAGUUUCAUCAUAAAGAACGUGGACUGAGGAGAUAGGUUUUUUCCCCAUUCUUCUUAAAAAACAUUAACGAGGGACAUGACUCGGAGAAAAUGCGCGGAGCUGACGGCCUAGCUCGCCAGGCGCCGCUGUAGAUAAAAUCGUCAUAAUCUGUGUCACACACAUUACAUUAUUUCGUUAUUCAGACGAAAAGAAGUGACUGCAUUACAACUGUUCAAUUUUUUUUGUUGUAGACUGAAAUUUUGUUAGGUAGUUUGAACUGAAAGUUACGCUUAUUUUUCUUCUAAUUGCGUCUGCGCAAAAAUCAGCAACAUUUUUUACACAAACCGCGCAUUCGUAUAUUUGUAAAGAAUUUUCUAUUAAAAGAGAUGGAGUCAUGUUCCUUCAACUACUUAACUUGCCGUUCAAUUUAUUCUAUCAUUUUUUGGAGGAAUGUGAUCUGAAUAGAGCGCAUAUAGUACAAAAUUUCUUUUUGUCCAUCCACAUACAAGGAGAUGAAAAAGCUGGAUAUUAAAUUUAAUCUAACGGUAGAAAGCCACCUAACUAAGGAUGUUUUUUUAAUUGGACUGUAUUUUCACAUAAAGGAGCCAACCUAAUUAAGUGUUUUUAAAAUCGCGCAACUUUUCCUGUGCUUACAUACUAAUAAUAUGUACAGUAACGGAAACGCGAUUAUUUUACUUUAAAAAUAACAAAGGGGGGGAUUGGUCAAAAAUUAUUUGCUAUGUAAGGCGUAAUUUUUUUCAAAUAAAGACGAAGGCACAGUAUUUUACAACAUAAUGAUCGAGUAGGUUCCCUUAUGUUAAAUGCGAGCCAAUUUAUAUGAGUAGACUUUAAUGACUGACGCUCAUGCAAUGGGCACGGCAAAUUACUGGAUGAUGGUGACGUACACAGCAAAAUGGACAUAACAUAAUGUAAAUAUGAUCACAAAAAUCAUGUUCCAGACUAUGAAUAAUUUUUUUACCACACCUUUGCGUCAGCAAAGCAAAUUUUUCCGUGAGUUUUGACAGUUGAAAAACGGCCAAAAGUAUUUUACACAAUGAGAAUAACCGUAAGGGUGUGUGUGUGAGUUUGUGACUAUUCCAAAAUUUUCUGACACAUGAAGAAAGUAGAUGACCUAAGCGAUAAUGGUCAGAAAUUUUUAGAUGAGGUACAGAGAGACUGAAUUGAACAAUUAUUUCCAUCAUAAACACAUAUUUUAAAUCCUUGAUUUUUCUGUUUUACGGAAGUUGUGCGAAACCCGACGGUUUUGUGUGAGAAGAUGUACAAUGACGGUACAGGUACACAAAAACGAAUCUUUCGAUUGGAUCUGCUUUUUAAUAAAUUAGUUAGUUAUUUAUUUCUAUUAACUUAAUGAGUGGUACGUUUAAGUUUGAAAAUAUGUUAGUUAACACACUAAAAUAUUUUUUUGUUGUCUUUGCACCACAGUGAGAAUUAUACCGAAGAAAUAUGGUCUUAUCAUUACAAGCAACCUUGUUAGGUAUUUUUUAUCCACGUGACUUCCUCGUAUUCGUCGUAAACUGUUAUUAUCCGGAAGAGACUUCUGUUACAAUACUUAAGAGUCUUGUUUCAAUGAUGAGAGGUUUUGUAAUGGUAAUAUAUUUCCUGAAAUGACACUUUUGCUUGGAUAAAAAAAGACCAAAGAUUAAAAUAGUACUUGUAAUUGUAUGAAGUUGUUUUUCUCCAGUAGUAAGUCAAUUGUGAUCCGUGAUCAGUAUUUCAAAAACAUCAAAUGACAGUUUAAUGGUAGUCAAAAAAAUUGAAAUUGAAGCUGCAUUUUCAAGCAACGUAUCUACGAAGUUCAUUGUUAUGGUUCCUCCAAUUCAUACAUUUUUUCGAGGGAACAAAAACUUUCUUGAGAACAAGUUUCACUGAAAUCUUUUAAUUUACAAAACGGUUAAUUAUUCUACAGGAUUUUUUAUGGAAUUCAAAAUCGUGUCAUGUCAUACUAAUAAAAUUUACAUUUGUUCAAACUAAAUUAGUAAAUAAAUAUCCAAGUUAUUAGUUUAGCAUUCUAGGUCAUAAUCGAGGGGCUUGGAGGACAAGGCGCAUAAGUGCAGUUUUUGAAAAAAUUGAGAUUUCAAUGAUUUCGAGUGAAACUAGUCUCAAGGCAUAGACUAAGAAAAAUUCGCUCCGAAAUUCUACUUUUUAAGCACUAAAAAGUCAGUUGGAACUUUCUUUCUGCCACGAGGCUCCACAUAAUUUCGAAACUUUAAACAUGUGUUUCUUUAAAUAUCAAAAACUGCACUUAUGCGCCUUGCCCUCCCAGCCCCUCAAUUAAUAUCUAUUUUUUCGUUAGUCUUGUAGCUACACCGCAAAUUUUCUGACUUAUGUCACAAACUUGUCAACGCUUGAUGAAUGACUUCUAAAUUACAUUGUAAUAUUUAUGAAAAAAUAUUUUUAUUGAAAAAA